CAUCUGUCAGACUCGGUUCGCGGUCGCACUUGGAUCUUGCCUGCGCAUCCUGAAGGUCGAUCACAUUUAUUCGGUUUGGACGCUCGUCGUCGUGGAUUAUUCGUGGUUACUGGCAUCCUUCCGUCAUCUUUAUCAUUCGUACAGCACGAUACACCUCCGCACUCCUAGUCGACGACGGUUGUGCCUACGUUCAAACAGUGACGUUCCUUAGGUUACCAUGUCAUCACCUAUGCUCUCACCGAGAUCUGAGAACUCGGAGACAGAAUCCGAGGACUGGAAUCUCCCCUUAUGGAUCUCGCGCCUACGGAGGCUUGAGACCCAGAAUGACGAGGCUGAAGCGGGUCACAGUGACAUGCCGCAGCCGAGUAACACUGUCGCUUCCGAUGCUUCUCAAAACAAUAGUAUCUCCCUUACAAACCUUCCGCAGCCCGGCAUCUCUCUCGUCGUCCCAGCCAGUAGCGGGAUCGCAUCUGACUUCGUGCUGACAACAACAAACCCUCGCAAACGCAAGAGAGAGCGAGAUACACAUCCGCGCCACCAAGACGACUGGACCGAUGUUUCCACUCCCGAUGAUGACUUAACAAUCUCUGAAACAACCGACAGCAAUCCCCCUCCCGAAAAAUCCAAUGCACCACCGUUGCCCGACCCUCCCGAUGAUGAUAUCCUCUCCGCAAAAGAAGGCGUCUACCCCCCCGACAACACCGCGAUCGAAACCGUUUUCCCCCUCGCGCGCGACGUCGCCGUGCCCGCCAUCAUGCGCGCCCCGCCCUCGCUCCUCACCACCGACAUGCUGUUCCCCCAACACCCGCCACGACACUGGACCCCGGACCAGGCCGAGGAAGUCGCGUGGUGGAUGGCCGACGGGCUGCAGUGCAUGAUCGAGAUGGGGGAGUCGGCCGGGCGGGAGAUACGGCGCGUGGAGCCCGGGGGGCCCAGCCAGGCCCAGGGGGCCGAUGGCAAGGUUCGGACCGUACGGCCGGUGGCCUAUGUCACGUACACGUGGGAAACGAGGGUGGAUGCGGCCGUUCAUAUGAAUCGCGCGAUUACCGCCGAGGACAUGGCCACGGAGGAGGGCGGCAGGGAGCUCACGGCGGAGGGGAUGGGCGCGCCGAGUGUGAUGGAUUUUGGGGGAUGGUUGCGUAUGGGGUUGACGUUGAAUCGCCAGAGGAUGAAGGUUUAUUGGGGGGAGGAGUUUGUGGAGGGCACGGUGUUUUGUCGAAUACUCCAGCUGUUUGUCCGUCCCGACUGCUAGCGCCAGGGGUAUGCGUCACGGCUCGUGAAGGGCAUCUGCGCCGAGAUGGACGAGCACGGC